ACUCAGUCACAGUGACGGCCAUGAUGGGAGCUACCGCCAUCGGUGAGGAAAUGGACGAGGACUUUGGCGAGGGCAGCGAAGUACUGGGCUAAACCGCACUGCCGCAUUAGGUUCUGUCCUCACCCGCACGGACCUGGGAGAGCGAUCCGUUGAAGCUACCUUUUCGAUGAUGGCAUGCGAGAUGGACCAGGUCGUCAACUCGCUGCGCGUGGAUCCCCGCACCUUCUACCCCGCCGACGGCCAUGCAGCAGCAGUCCGGUCCCCCACGACGGCGAGCCCCAAUUAUGGACAAGGCAUCCUUGGCGUGCACGUCGGGAGCUACGGACCAACAACAACACCAACAACAACACCCUCGCAGCGACUGGAGCCGUCUCCCUCGUCGUCGUCGUUAUCCACCGACGGCUCCUCGUUGGGCUGGCCCCGCCGCAGCGCUGGCGGUUAUACUUAUUACCCCGGGUAUGGCUUGUUUGCUCACGACUCACCAUUCCACCCGGCCUAAGGACGGCGCAUGCAUAGGCGACCCAAAAAAUCCUUUUUUUGCGUCCCCGACCUUUCUUCUUAGAUGGAGCGGCUGAAGGCACUACCUAUGUGCCCCUGAAGGUCUCUCCAGAUCGCGCGUCAUUUCCUUUGUAAUGAAUACCCCAAUU